AUGAUCAUCCUGAAGAUUUAUUAUGUCUUGCUAAUAAUUGUCCCGAUAGUAUGUCAAAGAUCGAAACCACGUUGGCCAGGCCGCCGAACGAAACCUGAAGGAUUGGCGUCGUUAAAAGAAGAAAAAGAAGCAAAACGUCUCGAAGAAAAACAUCGGCAUAACAAUAAAGAAAUUUAUUCAAAACUCCCGGGUCACUAUAUUCUAUCUUUACAGAAUGAAAGUUGUACUGGUUUGCCUUAUAUUCGCAAUGUUACCGCCGACGGUUGCAUACCGAGUACCGUGAAAACACAAAUUUGCGUUGGAGGAUGUAACUCUGCAAUUGUAUCCACUAAAAACGGAAAUUUGAGUUUAUUUCGAGGUUGUUUUCCUGAUAAAAUACGAGAAGUUAAAAUCAAAUUAAAAUGCCCAGGUCGAAGAAAAGGGUAUAAACGAAAACGUGAAUUUGUUAUAGAGAGUUGCAAAUGCGCAUAUGGCAAAGCAAAAAUCAAAUCUUGA